GGCAUGUCGGUCGUGGCAGGCUGGCUGUCACCGCUAGAAGUCUGCGUGUUGAUACUCCAUUAUUGUUUUUGCCGGACAUAUAAAGUGUGGCAGCCGCGGUUAGUGUAAAGUGGUCGGUUUACUUUCGGAAGUGCGCUACACCAUGCCGCCAACUAUACAGAAUGGUUCAACGAAUACCGCCGAGAAACGCCCACAGCGGCCGGCGGAGCGAAGGCCCGAGUUAAUGAUGCGCGUCAAAUACUGCAACAGUCUCCCCGAUAUCCCGUUUGAUCUGAAGUUCCUCGUGUAUCCGUUUGAAAACGAUCGGUUUAUCCAGUACAACCCAACGUCGCUGGAGCGGAACUACAAAUAUGAAGUCCUGACUGAGCACGAUCUUGGCGUCGGCAUCGAUUUGAUAAACCGCGAUAUCUACCACCCCGAUCCGUACGCCCAACUUGACCCGGCAGAUGAGAAGCUGCUCGAGGAAGAUGUUCAUACGCCUCAAGACUCCAUCCGUUCGCGCCAGCACUCGCGGGCCGUAUCAUGGUUGCGUAAAUCCGAAUAUAUUUCCACCGAACAGACUCGUUUCCAACCGCAAACAAUGGAGAAAGUGGAAGCCAAGGUGGGCUACAACGUCAAGAAGAGUCUUCGCGAAGAAACGCUCUACCUGGACCGAGACGCUCAGAUCAAAGCAAUCGAGAAGACAUUCGAGGACUCCAAGAAAGAAAUUUCAAAACAUUACAGCAAGCCCAACGUUGUUCCCGUGGAGAUACUUCCAAUUUUCCCCGAUUUCAAAAACUGGAAGUAUCCCUGUGCCCAAGUUAUUUUCGACAGCGAUCCUGCUCCGGUUGGCAAGAAUGUGCCAGCACAACUCGAGGAGAUGUCGCAAGCCAUGAUCCGUGGUGUGAUGGAUGAAAGUGGCGAGCAGUUCGUAGCCUACUUUCUGCCCACCGAGGACACACUCGAGAAGCGUCGUCGCGAUUUCGCCAGCAACAUUCUCUACGAAGACGAGGAGGAGUAUGAGUACAAGAUCGCCAGAGAGUACAAUUGGAAUGUGAAGAGCAAGGCGUCGAAGGGUUACGAGGAGAAUUACUUCUUCGUUGUUCGCCCCGAUGGCGUCUUUUACGAUGAACUCGAGACACGCGUGCGACUCAGCAAGCGUCGACAAAAGAUCGGACAGCAGCCGAACAAUACAAAGCUGGUGGUCAAGCAUCGUCCACUCGACGCAACCGAGCACCGCAUGCAACGCUACCGCGAAAAACAGCUGGAGCAGCCCGGCGACGAGGAUGACGAGGAGGAAAUGGAAGUCGACGCUGAUGAGGAAGAGGGCGAAGACAACCGCGAGGAUGAAAACAACCAGCAACAGCAAGAUGACGAGGAACGCGAACGAGACAGGCAGUCGCGGUCGCGCUCAAGAGGCAAAACCCGUUCUCCUUCGAACUCAGCAUCCCGAUCCAGGUCCCGUUCUCAGUCUUCCCGGUCACGCUCGCGAUCUCGAUCUCCAGCGAAAUCCAAGAGUCGAUCACGAUCCAAAUCGCGCCCCAAGUCCCGUUCCCGUUCCAGAGCAAAAUCACAAUCUCGAUCGCGUUCCCGUUCAGCUUCAGGUUCGCGUAGCCGGUCCCGCUCGAAGACCAAAUCGCCCUCACGUUCACGAAGUCGCACCCAUUCACCCUCAAAGUCGCGAUCAGUUUCGCGGUCACGUUCUCGUUCGCGUAGUGCAUCGCAUUCACCGUCCCGAUCUAAGUCAGGAUCCCGAACACCAUCACGAUCUCGUAGCCGGUCCAAGUCAAAGUCCGCAUCGCGAUCACGCUCCCGUUCGGCUUCUGGCUCACGUACUCCAUCACGUUCUAGAUCAGGCAGCAGAACGCCAUCGCACUCACGUAGCGCAACACCCUCGGGAAGUGGAUCUGAUGAGGAGUAGGCACGAAGAAUACAUAAUUUUAGCUGACCGUUAUAUGUGUAUGUAAAUAAGAAAUAAAUUUAGGAAAAAA